AUCUCGUUAUAUCAAAUAAACAUUGGCAUAUCUUAGACAUCACUGACAGACGACAAUGUCCCUGCGAAAAGUUACGCCAACAAUGAGGCCAGCCACCGCCGUGCGAUCGGUCGACACCCCGCUGCUUGCCAGAACUGGCGACGAUGAAGCUCUACGCACGACGUGGUUCAAGACGCCAAAGCUGCUCUUUUUCCAUGAGAUUCCAUCGUGGCAGCAAGACAAUGAGCAUAUUUUGUCAGGAUACAGACCGACGUCGGGUUCUGCCUGGGCGUCAUUUACGUCUCUGUCUUAUCUAAACAAUCAGACCGUUAGCACCUAUUCCCACCUCAUCGGAUCUCUCUUAUUUCUAGCGCUCCCGUUUUAUUUUUACAACGACAUUUUCUUGCCACAGGCAAACGGGCAGCGCGUAGAUGUGCUGGUGGUUUCGAUAUAUUGCGUAGGAGUCGCUGUUUGCUUCGCUUUUUCUACGAUCUUUCACACAUUGUGGAAUCACAGUCACGAUGUGUCUCGCUACUGCAACAAGCUCGAUUAUCUAGGUAUUCUCAUUCUCAUGUGGGGAGCCGGUAUUCCCACCAUCUACUACGGUUUUAUUUGCAAUAAUAACCUAAGACUGCUAUACUGGACAAUGGUGUAUAAUUCUUGUUUUCCACCCAUCAUCCAGCAACUAACGGGUUGUAGACUACCAGCACAGCCCUCUGCUGCACCAUUAUCACGCUCACACCCCGCUUCGUCACCCCCGAAUUCCGGAAAUGGCGAGCAGGGUUUUACGCCGGCUUUGGCCUGAGCUCCAUCAUUUUCGUCAUCCAUGGCAUACUCCUUCAUGGAUGGGAGGUACAAAAAUCACGAAUGUCGCUGGUGUGGAUGGGGUGGAUGGCGACGGCCAACCUCGUCGGCGCGACCAUCUACGCUGCCCGGAUUCCGGAGCGCUGGGUUCCGUAUACAUUUGACAUGUUUGGGGCCAGUCAUCAGAUACUGCAUGUUGCUGUCAUGGUCGCAGCUUGGAUUCAUUUCCAGGGCCUUGUGGAGGCAUUUCAUAUUAUCCGCUCGCAAGCUAGUAUCUGCGGCAUAGAAUCAUGAUGUAGUGGGCAUCUCAACACCUGUUGUGAAUGCUCGCAAAAAUACGCAACGCUAAGAAUCUACUCGUAGAAAAUUAGACCAAAGUUUUGUUUCCUUGUCUUUCUCUCUCUAUAUAUAUAUUUCCUUUCAACAAUUCCAUC